AUGUGGCUGUCUCAUAGCAAGAAAAAAUAUUGUGAAGUUUGCGAGCACCCAUUUGUCUUUACACCCAUUUAUUGCGAUGACAUGCCAACAAGAUUACCACUUCAUGUGUUAUUGCGACAGUCUCUAUCUCGCUUAGCAAAGACAUUCAUUACACUGGCUCGAUCAGCACUCGUCAUUGUCGUUUGGUUGAUCCUUUUACCAACACUGACAUUAUGGACAUGGCGAUUUUAUUUUUGGAGUGGAGAGAAUAUAGGUUUCUCAACCGCUGCAUUGACACAAAACACUACUGUAAAUCAGACUGUCUCCAAUGGCGAUGACGGACACUACAAUUACCUGCUAAGCUAUGACUGGAAAGGAUUCUUAUCAGAUUGCUUUCAGGGGCAGAUCAUUACAGCAAUUGUAGUGGUGGUAUUUGUUGCUGCCUACUUGUUUAGAGAAUGGGUGAUCCAAAACACAGCAGCAACAGCAGCAACAGCAGCAGCAGUGGCAGAUGCGCCAGAGCAAGAAGUACUACAGGAUGAUAGCAACGAACACUUAGCUCAACAGCAAGCAACGGUCGAUGACAUUAUACACGCUGUUCGCUCAGUCAACACCACAGAUGAAGCAGUUUUAAAUGAGAGAGAGCAGAUCAGCAGUCGAUUAGAGGAAUUAAGAAGGGAAAUAGAGCAAAGAAGACGCUUGGCAGUUGUAACAGAUGAUACCAAUACACUUGUAGAUAAUAACAGCAAUAUCAAUCCAACAGAAUAUAACAGUAAUACAUACAACCAUGAAGACGACAAAGAGGAUGACAGUAACAUGUAUCUGAAUCCUCCAAGUGGUGCACAAUCUCCAUUUGCAAGUUGGAGAGACUAUCAACAGGACAAUGCAAAUAGCAGCUUGAAUCAUAGAAACCAGCAAUAUAGUAGCGGUAAUGGCACCUGGAGAGCAAGAGAUUUCUCAGCUUCAGCCACAAUUGAAAGAAGCGAUUACUUUGCAGAGCUGUAUCUGGAUGAAGCAGUAUUAGAUGAGGAUAGUCCUUCUACGCCGUCUCGUCCUCCUACGCCGCCUCCACCACCACCACCACCGCCUCCUGCUCCCCCAGCCAACAACAACGACAACAACAACAACAAUAACGAAGCUCCAUUUGACUUUGGUGAGGACUUUGAUGGCAUCUUAGAAGCAAUUGGAAUGCGUGGCAAUGUACUCAUGUUACUUCAAAACUCCAUUUUAAUGUCUUUGAUGAUUAAUCUGUGUCUAUGUGUUACUGUAUGGAUUCCGUACGUCAUUGGCCGUUCUGUCAUACUGAUACAUCCUCUUAAAAUAGCGGGAAGCCCGAUCUAUGUAUUGCGCUGGAUCUCUGAUCCGUUGAUUGAUUUUGGAUUGGAUGCUAUCUUUUGGCCUACUUACACCAACCUAGUUGCACUGUGCAAAACUGUGCUGCCUCAAACGACGUUGAUCUCUAUCACUUCCGCCCUGGACAGUGUGCUGUCUGGCUUGUAUUUUAUCUUCCGGUCCAUUUACAUUACACUGCACGACACAUCAGAAGCAGCCAGCCUGUCUCAACUUUUGUCAGACACGACGGCAACCACACGAAGCAUCAUUAGCAUCAAUAAUUGGGAACCAUUAAGAGAUAAUAUAUAUUCAAUAUCGGCUGUGAUAUUUAGCCGCUGGCAGCAAUGUGCAACAGGACAAACUAGCCUUGAUCGAACUGUUUGCACAUGUGUUGGUUACAUUGUGCUCAUAUCGAUUGGCUCCUUGUACUUGUCCAGAAACAAGGAUACGCGAGCAGGGUCCACAAACGAGAUUUUGCGUCAACAGGCUGUGUUUCUCAAGGUCCUUUUCUUUAUCUUUCUUGAACUGGUCGUAUUUCCUACCGUAUGCGGUGUCUUGUUGGAUAUCUCAACAUUGCCCCUGUUCACUGAAUGGUCCAUCAAGAGUCGGUUUCAUUUCGUGCUGCUGAACCCUUACUCUGGCAUCUUUCUGCAUUGGUUUGUCGGCACAGGCUUUAUACUGCAAUUCUCGGUGUUUAUCGCGCUUGUCAGAGAGGUCGUUCGACCUGGUGUGCUGUACUUUAUGCCAGAUCCUAAGGAUCCGCAAUUCCAGCCCGUCCAAGACAUGGUAGACCAGCCUAUUCUCAUCCUGCUCCGCAAGCUGAUCACUAGAGCAGCCAUCUACUUUAUGUUGAUUAUGGUAGGCAUGGGGUUUGUUACGAUACUAGUGAGUAGAUAUUGCGGCAUCUAUCCCAUUAUCUGGAAAUUCGACACACCCAUUUCUUCACUGCCUAUCGAUCUUUUAGCGGUACAGUUUCUUUUACCCCCUAUAAUAAGAUACAUUGUGCCUCGCGAAUUCUCCAAAAAGACUGUGGUUACAUGGUGGCACAUUGUGUCUCGGCAAUUAAGGCUGUCAUCGUUCAUGUUUGGCGGUCGCUAUCCUGAAGAAGAAGGCAUAUAUGUGUACAAUUCAUGGUACGCCUGGUUAUUGAGCCUGUAUCAACCAUUACCAACAACAGUGGAGGAAGCAGCAUCCCCACCACCACCACCACCACCAUUGUACGAUAAUUUCCAGAAAGACGGAGGCCUUGCGCGGGUACCUACACAUGACAACGUGCCCAUAGUGAUCCCUCGAAGACGUAUGAUUGUCCCUAUUGAUUCAGUCACCUUGCAGCCGUUGAAUGAAGCAGAGCGAUUGAUUGGACACCCGGCAGCAGGAUCAGACGAUGACAAGACAAAGAAUACAACCAUUGUGUACAUUCCACCCUACUUUAAGCUGCGUAUUGCGACAUUCUUGUUUCUGAUUUGGACAACUGGCUCUAUUCUUGUGUGCUCCAUUUCUGUAGUACCAUUGAAAUUGGGUCGAAAUCUGUUUGCGAAACUGCAAUUGGGACCUGAUCGGCCUGUUCAUGAUCUGUACUCGUUUGCGCUGGGUGCUUACAUUAUGAUUCUAUUGAGUUCCAUGCUGAACACAGCAGUGCAAAAGUAUCAGAUCAUGGAAGGAAAUCACGGUCGUGUUCAAUGGCAUCUGGUCAAGGACUAUAUUGCUUCAAAGACCAUCAAGGUAGCUAAAUUUGCCUACAUCUUCUUCUUUUUGGGAUUCGCCGUGCCCUUCUUGUUUGGUAUCAUGCUAGACCUGUACAUCAUCAUGCCUCUCAAGCACACUAACAUCCACGAAGCAUCGCUUGACAUCUACCCCACCAUUGACUGGACUAUAGGUGUAGCAGGCUUAAGCAUGUUUUAUGGCAUCAUACACAUCUUGCCCCAAAACACACCUUACCGACAUCAAGUUGUACAAUUCAACUGGGCCAAUUUUGAGCAUCUUGAUAUUCCCAUUAUCACACGAGAGGUGAUUUUACCCAGCAUCAAGUGCCUGUGUAGCAUCAUUUGCAUACCAAGCAUUGUUACUGUAGUCACUACUUGGAUACUGUCAGUGGAAGACGCAUCAAUAAAGAUGUUGAUAUUCCGAUUGAGAUUGAUUCAGUACUGGCUAAAGAGUAUUCGUGAUGAUACCUAUCUGAUUGGAAGACAAUUGCAUAACCUGGAAGAGUCUUCCAGUUAG